AUGGCCACCGCAGCACCUCACGCGCCCGUCGACCAAGCCACCCAGUCCAACUACAAGGACCUCUACUCGACCCACAUCGACCUCGAGUGGCACGUCGACUGGUCCCAGCGUUGCAUCCGCGGCUCCGUCACCCACCACCUCGAGUUCGCCAGGAACGGCAUUGACAAGGUCGUCUUGGACUCGUCCUACCUCGCCGUCAAGCGCGCCUACCUCACGUCCUCGCCCUCGCGCAACCUCGACUUCUCGCUCCCGUCCAAGCGCCACCCGAACCUCGGCUCGGCCCUCACCAUCAAGCUCGACAAGCCGUACAACAAGGGCGACAAGCUCGAGCUCGUCAUCGAGUACAACACGACUGACGAGUGCACGGCGCUCGGAUGGCUCGAGGCGGCCCAGACCGACUCGGGCAAGUACCCUUUCGUGUACGCCCAGUGCCAGGCCAUUCACGCCCGUUCGCUCCUCCCCUGCUUCGACACCCCUGCUGUCAAGGCCACCUACGCCGCCACCGUCCACUCGACGCUCCCGAUCCUCCUUUCGGCCCUGCGCAUCUCGCCCCCUCUCGACGCGCCCGCACCGCCCAUCGACGGCACCGUCUACACGACCACCUGGGCCCAGAAGAACGCCAUCCCGAGCUACCUCAUCGGCAUCGUCGGCGGCGAGCUCGUGUUCCGCGCGUUGGGAGAGCGGACGGGCGUCUGGGCGCAGCCGGGCGUCAUCGAGCGGGCGCACUGGGAGUUCAAGGAGGACACCGAGCGCAUGGUCACGACCGCCGAGAAACUGCUCGGUCCCUACCGCUGGGGGCGCCAUGACCAGGUCAUUCUGCCUGCGUCUUUUCCAUUCGGCGGUAUGGAGGCGGUAAACUGCGUGCUCCUCAACCCUGCUCUGAUCGUCGGCGACCGCAGCCAGGUCGACGUCGUCGCGCACGAGCUCGCCCACUUCUGGCACGGCAACCUCGUCGGGUGCGCCGAGUGGUCCUCCUUCUGGCUCAACGAGGGCUGGACCGUCUACUCGGAAGCUCUGAUUGCUCGUGAGCUCCACGGCAAGCCGACGCGCGACUUUGAGUACCUCUGCGAGCGCAAAGGGCUCCUCGACGACCUCAAGCGGUACGACGUCGACGGCCGGCGCAAAGCGCAGCGCCUCCAGAUCCCGUACGAGUUCGGCGAGGACCCGGACGACUUCUACUCGAGCGUCGCGUACCACAAGGGCGCCAACUUCCUCCUGCACCUCGAGCGUGUCGUCGGCGGCGUCGACGUCUUCAACCCGUACCACAAGGACUACAUCUCGACGUUCGCCGGCAAGGCGAUCAGCACGCAGGAGUGGGAGGAACACUUCUGGGCGUACUGGGGACGGUACCCGGAGAAGGAGCGUGCUCUGAGAGAACAGGUCGACUUUAAUGCCUGGCUCAACGGCGAGGGGCUCGACUUGCCCGUCAAGAUGGAGUACGACACCUCUCUCGCCGAUGCCGCCUACUCGCUCUCGUCCCGGUGGGCCGCAUCGCGCUUCUCGUCGCCCGACGAGCUCACGUCGCGCUUCGGCAAGGAGGACCUCGAGCACUUUUCGGCGACCCAGGUCGUCCUGUUCCUCGAGACGCUCGAGGAGGAGGACGCGUUCGAGCGCGAGAAGGGCAGCCACGUCGUCGAGGGCCUCGAGAAGGCGUACGCGUUCGAGGCCAACAAGAACCCCGAGAUCAGGCUCCGGUGGUACAUCCUCGCCCUCAAGGCCGGCCAGUACGCCUCGUCGGCCGCCUCGUGGCUCCCUCAGUGGGGCCGCAUGAAGUACGAGCGGCCGGGCUACCGCGCCCUCGCCAAGGUCGACCCCGAGCUCGCCAAGAAGACGUUCCUCGACAACGCGUUCCGGCUGCACCCGAUCUGCCGCAGGAUGGUCGCCCAGGACCUCGGGCUUGCUGCGGAGGAGGUCAAGUAGCUCGCGAGCCUUGAGAGGAGCGGUGCUGCAACGACGAGCGGCGAGCGGUUUCGCUCUCGG